CUCUUUUUCGUCCCGUUUGUAAAGAUAGAAAUUUUUUUAUCGAUCAAAAGAAUUUCCCUCAAACCAAUCGUCUACGCUGUGAUUAUUGUUUGAAAAAACAUAUGCCCUUCGUACAGUUUUCAUUCCAACUUUCUUCUUGCAUCUUUUUGAAACGAUUUACAAAUAAGACAGCAACGUGACCGUCUCAUCUUAUUCGAAUGACCAUGGAACUCUGCAUACUGGGUAAAGUUCUUCAUCGGAGCUGGUUUCCCUCAAGAUGUCGCAACCAAACAUGCGGUUGUAUUUUCGAACAAUCGUAUCCAUCCGGACAUGUUGCCGGAACUUGAUAAGCCGAGUCUGAAAGAGAUGGGGAUAACUUUGAUGGGAGAUAUGAUAGCGAUCUUGCGAUAUGCAAAAAAAGUCGUCGAGGAGACUACGUGUGAAAAAUUUCUGGUAGAUUCUGAAGGUUCGAUAGUGUCAAAGAUUACAGCUAAGCCUGUAUUAAAAAAGCCAGCUAUUAAAAUGGUAACCAGAAGUGCCACACCUGGUAAAGUCAAAACAGAACCAGAAAACACUACAAAGGUAAUGAAAAACACAGCCAAUGCAGCAACGACCUCGUCAGAUAUGGCUAAAAAGAAACCUGUAGCUGCUAAAGUUGUAUCGCGUGUUAUUGAAAGGCCAAAAUCCCAAGUAUCUCUUAAAAGAAAAUUAGAUUCGUGUUCCGACGAUUAUGAGAGCGAAGCUAGCGACGAAGACUGGGAUAAUAAUAAUCCAAAAAAAAUUGCACCUGAAGAUGAGGUUGGGUAUAAAGUAAUAAUGCCUAAAGGCACAACACUGAGAAGUCGCAAGAUAUUGAAAAAAGUUUUGGAACAAAAAAGGACAGUGUUUGAUCGCCUUGGCGAUAGUUCGGUUACCAGUACGACAAACCUUGCAGAAACGGCAACACCUACCUUUAACGUUACAGGAUUAGGAAAAGAGGUGUUCAAAAGAAAUUCGAGUGUUUUUAACAGGCUGGGAGAUAAAGACGGUAAAAAAGAGCAGCUACCUUACGUUGGAAUUCUGAAGAAUGGUACAAGCAGCACUGCGACACCUGGCAUCUUGAAAAAUUCUUCAACCAGACUGGGAAAUACAAUCCUAACAACGACGAAGGUGGUCAAGAUGGCCUCAAAGCCUACCGGUGGCACCAUGCGAGCUGACCAAGAGAAAAAACAAAAAAUUGUUCUUGGCAAAGCAAAGCAGUUGGUACGAGUCAAUAAGAAAAUCACCAUCAAUAACCCCUCACCUACCACUACGAAAGUCAUCCGAAAGCUCGCUACUUCAAGCAAACUGGCCUCGCAGCAAGCAUCCGCUUUGCCUGCAAAAGCCCGCCUUGGUGUGACAAAAUUGUCACCAGUAAAGCAAGUAACGUUUAACAAGACUGCAACCGUGAAAAGACUCGUGAAGCCAGGGGUCUUCAGCAGACUUGGAGUCUGAGGCAAAAUGUACUAAUGACUUACUAUUUCUUUCAUUGUUGAUGAGCUUUCUUCGUUUCCCAUUUAUGGAGUGUAAAUACUUGGAUACUUGGCUUGUAUAAGUAUCGAGCAUAAUAUAAUAAUAUGAGGAUAAAAUUAUAGUCAGAAUUCAA